GCACCUCUAAUCCAUCUGUUUGAUUCGGCUUUUCACGUGUUUUUGAAUUUACCUAUAAAUCGAAUUAUUUGAAAGAAAUGGAGUCUUUAAGCACGGAACUACCAGCUGAGAUAGUUGAUAAACCAAUAGAAGCCACGGAAAACCAGGAAGAUGCAAAGGAAACUCAAGAAACUGCAGCCGAAAACGCUAAGGAGGAAACAGAAAAAGCCGGCGAGGAGUUCGCAUACUUGGAGCGGAAUGAAUUUACCUCGGAAAUAUUCAAAAUAGAAGUGAAAAACCUGGGCUAUUUCGGUAUUGGGGAGUUCAAGAAGCUAUUGAGGGUCACCCUUAAAUUGGAUGUGACCAAAAUCAAGUCCCCGACGCGAAAAGAAUUUGCCUUCGUUUGCUUUCGCACUCAGGAGGAUCAACAGAGGGCUUUGGAGACCCUUCAUGGCUACAAAUGGAAAGGAAAGGUCCUGAAAGCCCAGGCCGCCAAAGCCUCCGCUGAUCCGCUCCAGAAAAGGCGAGCUGCCGAAGAUCAGGAGUCGGAAAAGAAGCCCAAAAAGCAACGUACAGCCGUAGAAGCCACCUGUCCCUUGGCACACAUACCCUACGACCAGCAACUGAAACAGAAAUCCGAAGAAAUGUCGUCACUCCUUGCUAAAUACACCCAGGAACUCAGGCGCCUCAAUCCGCGGGCCAAACCGCAUCUGGAUAAUUUCAAAUUCGAAGAAGUUUUGCCCUCACCCACCGUAAAUGGAUAUAGAAACAAAAACGAGUUUACUGUGGGCAAGAACGCCGCAGGAGAGGUUGUCGUAGGCUUUAGAUUGGGCUGUUAUAGCGAUGGUUCUGUGGAGGUGGCCGAAGUCCAGGAUUUGCCACACCUACCAGAACAGGCAAAAUGGGCGGCUCGCAGUUUCCAAGAUCUCGUGAGGAAGUCCAAGUUCCUGCCCUUCAAUCCAGACGGAAACGUGGGUCACUUCCGGCAGUUGAUGGUGCGCUGCUCCAGUGCCACUGGUGAACUCAUGCUGGUAGCGGGCAUAUACUCCUCGAACUUAAGUGAGGACGAGCAAACGGAACUGAAACAGGAACUGAAGUUAUUCUACGAAGAGGCGGAAAAGGGUGCCACAUACAAAUGCACCUGUUUGUAUUACCAAGAUGUCAAACAUCGCGAAGCAGGACAGAUGAUUAAUCCGGUGGAACACAUCUCGGGCAGCACUCACAUAACCGAUACCAUCCAUGGUCUCCAGUUUCGAAUUAGCCCUUUGGCCUUUUUCCAAAUCAACACAGAAGGAGCAAAUGUAUUGUAUCAAAAGGCAAUCGACUUGGCUGCUCCUACGAAAGACACCACCAUGUUGGACAUCUGCUGCGGCACUGGAACCAUUACAAUGGCUUUUGCCAAGCAUUGCAAGAAAGUUCUGGGCGUGGAAAUCGUUCCCGACGCCAUUAAGGAUGCUCAGUUUAAUGCGGAGGCAAAUGGCAUUAAGAACUGCAAGUUCUUUACCGGUAAUGCAGAUGAUUUUAUUAAGAGCAUGGUGCGCGAAGCUCUUUACGAACAGGAACCGGGAAAACCUAUGGAUCUUAUUGCGGUGGUUGACCCUCCUCGAGCUGGACUACAUCACCGUUCGAUAGCCGCAAUCCGUUCGGCAGAUGCCAUCAAACGGCUGGUCUACGUCUCCUGCAAUCCGCACAGUGCCAAGCGGAACUUCAUUGAGCUGGCCAGGCCGGAGUCUAAGCAAUAUAAGGGAGAACCGUUCUAUCCGAAGUACGCGCUGGGCGUUGACAUGUUUCCCCACACCAUGCACACCGAGCUGGUCAUUCUGUUCGAGCGUGAGCCUAAGACAAAGGCGGAUGAGAAGACAACGCCGCCAGAGGAGGAGACUACGGAGUCAAAGUCUGAGGCGACCGCAGAAGCUACAAGUGAGGAGAACCCCGCAUCCCGGACAUGACGAGUUUGUUGCUUCGA